AUGAUGGUCGAUAACGAAGAAAUAAACUCUCUUUCAAUUGAAAAUAUAUUGGAGAGAAUAAACAAGAGUUCAAAUAUAAAUGAAGCAAAAUCUUUAUGUUUAUUUGCAUCUUCAUUAUUCGACAAUAAUCAAUAUUUAUUGAUUCAGAGAUACCUCAUAUCAAUAAAGGAAAGAGAUUUUGAUAUUUCAAUACAGUUAUUUUGGAGGUUGUUUAAUAAUAAUUCUUUUAAAGAAUAUAUAGUUUUAGUUGUUUUAAAAUUUUUAGAAAAGGAAAUUGAAGAUUUAGAGUAUUAUGAUUUCAUAAAAAAAAAUUAUAGAGAUCAAUUUCAAAAAAUUUUCAUAGACAGUGAUGAUAAUAGUACAAAUAAUAGUAGUAGUAGUAGUAAUGAAAAUAAAAAAAAUAAAAGAUCAUAUUUAAAACUAAAUACAAUUUUAAAUAAAUUAACAAAAUCAUUAAAUCAUCUAUCAUUUUAUAUCUCUGAAAUUGAUAAUUUAAAUAAAUUUUUUAAUCCAAUCACUUUUUUAUUAAAUAAUAAUAAUAAUAAUAAUAAUAAUAAUAAUAAUAAUAAUAAUAAUAAUAAUAAUAAAAACAAUAGCAAUAAUAAUAAUAAAAAUAAUAAUAAUAAUAAUGAUGAUAGUAAUAAUAAUAAUAAUAAUAAUUUUUUAAAGAUAUUAGAAUUAAUUCAAAAAUCAUGUCAAUAUUUAAAUGAAAAUGAAAAUUAUGAAUAUUCUAUUUUACUUUAUUUAUUGAUAAAAGGAAAAUUUGAAAAUAAAAUUAGAACAUUUAUAAAGAGUUCCAAAAAAGAAGAUCAAGAUAUAAAGUCAAAGAUUAAAAGGUUUUGGUUUAAUGGUAUUCAAAGUUUAAAUCAAUAUAAAAAUAAAUAUUCAAGUAAAAUAGAAAUUGAACCACCUUUACCAAUGAAAUCAUAUUUUGAUGAAGAUGACUAUGACCAAAAGCAACAACAACAACAACAACAACAACAACAACAACAAGAACAAAAAGGGUCAAAAGAGGAUGAAGAAGAUAUUGAAAAACAGAAGAAAAGUUUAACAAGUGAAAUUGAAUUAUUUUUAUUACCAAUUAAUAGAUUUUGUUUACCAAUCAUUUUUCAUAUUGAAAAUGAAGAAUUUGAACAAUUAGAUAUUAAAGGAAAUAGUGGUAGUGGUAGUGAUAGUAGUAGUAGUAUUAGUAAAUUAGAGAUUGUAGAUCAAUGUUGGAAAUAUUAUAUUUGCAAAGGUGAUGAUAUUACAGAUGAAUCGAUUUUAGAAAUUCAAAAAUUCCUUCAACAAUUUGCAGACUCUGGUAAACAUUUAAAAAGACAUCAAAAUAAUUCAAUAUUAAAUUUUACAAUUAAUUUAUUAUCAAAUCCAGAGAAAGCAAGAAACGAUUACUUUGAUCGUAAUUCAGAAGGUAAUGGGGGUGAUGAAAAUGAUGAAAACUCUCAAGAAAGUAAUGACUCUUAUGAAUUUGAAAUUCAUUUAGGUAUUUAUCUAUUAUCAUCACUUUUGUAUAUUAGUAGUUGGAGAUAUUUUAAAUUUUUAGUUACAGGUUCUUCAAAUAUUGAAAAACAAAAUAUUCAAACUAUUGGUACUUUAAAGAAAAAUCAAAUAUUAUUAUUUGAUGCUAAUUUUAAUAGUAAUAGUAAUAGUAGUAGUGGUAGUAAUGGUAUCAUCAAUAAUAAUAGUAAUAGUAAUCAACAAUCUUAUCAUAAUAAUAAUAAUAAUAAUAAUAAUAAUAAUAAUAAUAAUAAUAAUAAUAAUAAUAAUAAUAAUAAUAAUAAUAAUAAUAAUAAUAAUAAUAAUAAUAAUAAUAAUAAUAAUAAUAAUCAAGGUCAACAACCAAAUUUAUCAAUGAUUACUCAUCAAGUUUUAUAUUAUUCAAAUGUUGAUGAUGAAUCAUCAUUUGAUGAUGAAUUCCCAAAGAUUGUAUUUACAAAACAACAAACUGAAGCAAUUAAACAUUUAACUCUUUGUAUGGAAUGUUUUAAUGAUUUAAAUCAAGAACCUUGGAUAAAUGAUUUUAAGAGAAUUUUAUCAACAACUUGGAAUAAUUCUAAAUUUUAUUGGCUAUAUAAUAGUUUAGCUGAUUCUCAUUAUUAUUAUAAAUUAGAUGGUGCUAAUACAUUAAUACCAAUUGGUGAUAGUAAAAAAAGAUUAUUUAAUCCAAAUGAUGAAUUAUGGUUUAAUAGAUUAUUAUUAAAUAUUGGUAUGACUAAUCAUUCAGAGAUUGAAGAUUCAAUCAUUUGUUUAUUAGAGAUUUUAAUUUCAAUUUCAAUUCCACCACCACCAUCAUCAUCUUCUUCUUCUUUUUCUUCUUCAAAUUCAUCAUUAAAUAAUGAUUUAUUUAAUCAACAAUUAGUACCUUCUAAACAUACUUUUAAAACAAUUAAACCAUAUUUAACAGUUUUUAGUGAAGAAGAAAUAUUAUUUUGGUGUAUAGAUACUUUGGCAACUUGUUAUGAAAGAUUAGGUAUGGUUGGUGAAAUCACUGUUCUCUAUCAAGCUUAUUGGAAUUAUUAUAAAUCUAGAUUCUAUCAAAUUAUUAAUGAAAUUAAAGGUACUCCAAAUCAAAAUCCAAACUUAAUACCUCUAUCAAAUUUAGUUAAAAAAGAUUUACAAAUUGGUUAUUUCUUUCCAAGAUUUUUUGAUUAUAUAAUUAAUAUUGAAAUGUUGGAAGAAUUUUGUUUUAUUUUAAAUAAAGGAUUUAAACUUGAUAUUUUACAAAGAAAUCAAACAGUUUCAAGUAAUAGAGAAAUGAUUGAUAUAAUAAAGAGACAUAUUACCAUCACAACUAGUAAUAAUAAUUUAACAAUACCAAUUUUAUUAAAACAAUUUUUCAAUGAAGAAUUAGAUCAUUUCCUUAUAAAAAAAGAAAAUAGAGAAAAACAAUACUCAAGCUCAAAUACUGCUAAUAAUAGUGGUGUUAAUAACUCUCCAAUUCAUAAUCAAAAUACUGAUGUCGAAAUGAAUGAAUAA